UUGUGUCUACACUUCGUGUCUAUCGUCACGCCGGUGAUCGCCGGAGCGAUCACCUCGCCCUCCACCGAACCAAAAAGGGGGUGUCCGGCAUCCCCGGUGCCGGAGACCGUGCUCCGACACUAUCUUCAGUAGGACCACUUCAGGAGACGGGGCAAGAACUCCAGCCUGCUUCAUCGUUACUAUGUUCUCCGGCAUCAGAAGCGCAAUUGCUAACUCCAUGCUUUCUACCAUCCUUCUGAAACUAGUUAGAAUUAGUGUUGGCUACCUUACUGUCGUGUUACCUAGUGCUAGGCUAGAGCGAGGAGUUCCGUCAAAGCCUUCUCCUUCUCUUCUUGAUUUAGACAAGGUUGAUACUACUCCUAACAUUGAUCUUGACAACAAAGCACAGCCUUCUGAGCUUUUGGGGGAUUUCGAGGGUGACAGCGAUACUGAGGGUGAUGAAUCCGCCUUUGAUGGCAGUGCCAAUACUCAGGAGGAGGAUAAGGAGCUGUCGCUUGACAGUGACUUGUUGGCUCUUCUUGAUAAUCCACUUAAUCCACAAGGUAGUUCUAUGAAAAUAGAUAACAUGAUUGAGGCCAACUUAUUGGACUUUUCUGGUCAAGACAAGUGUUGCAGUUCAGCUCUUAAUCAUUCUGGUGUAAGCAGGAGGAGGUUGCAUGGAAAUAGCAAGGUUCUCUGAGCUCGCUACUACCCUUGAGCCGUUGUGGUAUUAUAGAAGUGAAUAUCACCUGUUUUAGCAUCUAUUCCAGUAUCUACUAUAGCAGGGCCUGUUAAGUAACCAAAUAUCAACUGAUGUGAGUACAAUAAUCACGUAUAUGCCAUGAUCAUGAUGAACUUAUGGUGGUCUUUUUGUGAAUGAUUAGCAUUAGUUCCACUGGUAAUGUCUUCUGUGGCAGUGGCAUGUAAUUAUGUAAUUAGUGUUCCUUUGUGAUGUUGAACUUAUGGUAUUUUGUGUGGAUGAUUAGCAUUCGUUUC